AUGGUAGGGAAGUGUAAGAAGAGAAGGUUGACACUUAGUUGGUCCGUGGAAGACAUGAAACAGGCAAUUGAUGCAGUCUUAAGCAAAACUGUUGGAUGUAGUAAAUCAGCUCGGUUGUAUAAUAUACCACAAACCACAUUAGAGCGUUACGUUGCUAAAAUAAGGAAAGGCGAGGUGCGUCUUGACUCUACUCCAGUCGAUAGGUCAUCCGAAAUACGUCUGGUGCAGGAGAUAGAGAAGUUUGAGUAUUUGUAUAAUAACUUUCUGCCGGAAUACAAUCGUAAGGAUUUAACUGAUGAGGCCUGGGCACAAAUUUCCAGCAGCGUGAAGUUGGCAGUAUCAGAAUGUAAAGAAAAAUGGAGGAACAUUAGAAGUUCGGUCCACAGAAAUCUCAAACCAAGUGAAAAACCAAAAAGACCGUAUUAUCUAAUGCCAUAUCUACAAUUCCUACUGCCAUUUCUGAGACCCAAUAAUAAUCACGAACAAAAGGACGAACCAAACACUAGCAAAGAGACAGAUAUAUUUAUUUGCUCUGUAAAAUCUGAAAAAGAGGGUCAGUUAAUAUGUGAUACUAUUAAAUCAGAAAUAAUAUCUGAUGAGGAUUCAGAGCAGUCUUUGCCAAAUAAAAGAAAGAGGAAAGAGGAUUAUAAUGAUAUAAAACGUCAAGAGAUAGAGAUCACUUAUGACAAUGGUUCAAUACCAACGAACGACGCACCAAGAACAGUUUGUGAGACUAUGAGGUACUUCCUCCUAAGCCUUUUACCAGAAUUCGAAACAAUGUCGGAAGACCAAAUAAGACAGUUUAAAAUAAAAGUAAUGAUGCAUAUAGACGAUAUCAAAUCAAAUGGGACUAAAGUGAUCUCUUUGUCGGAUCCUUCGUCGAAUUGGCUACAGAAAAGACUUAUUAAUUUGCUCUUAAAAAAUCUUGAAAAGAGUUGA